GGUGAUGACUGUUGCUCCCUAAUAAUUGUCCAUAAGGAAUUGUUGAAACCCCGAAAGUAAAAGCUUCCACCUGUCGCUAGGAGGCUAGUGGAGGGAUGAGUGCAUGAGUGGAGGGUCUCUUGUCUCUGGGUAAGGUAGUUCCAGUCCAGUACAUUGCGGCUCUACAGCUGUCCCGGAAUGGACGGGCUCCAACCAGUUGCUGUAGACACCAGACAAAAUCUGAUAAAAAUUAAUUUAGCCCUAAAAGCUAAUAUAUAUGAUAUUUAUCAUUGUGAAGGUCCACCAGAAGUCCUGGAGAAAUUAAAUGCUCAUGGCCGGAGAUUAAUUGCUGAUUUCCGCCGCUUGACUCAUGAUCUUGAAUUCUGGGCCAAAGAGGAAGACUUUAAGAGGAAUGAAGAGGAACUUCUCGCAGUUCUGAACAAUUGCAGGGAGCAGCUUCUGAGGAGUGUGCACCCAGACUUUAGAGCCAAACGGAGCCAGGAGAUUUUUGACAUCGAAGUUUUUGCCUCUCCACAGCUGAUACGGUGUCUUGCCAUCGACACUACUUGUUCCAGUGCGGUUGAGUAUAUAUGUUGCUGCACUAGCUGCUUCUGCCCAAAGACGUUUGUCCACGUUCUUCGCAGACAACAUGGAGCGAGUUGCUUCCAUGAUCGUUCUGAGUUGCCUUUCAGCUCACCGUUUUGUUCCGGACGGACCAAAAAAGACAAGGUAAAUUUGAUCAAGAAAUCUACAAAUAUCACAGACAGGCUGCUAUCAAUUAGUCGCCAUCUAGCAGAAACCAUAGAACAGAAUUCAAAGACCCUGGAUUCUCUAGUUAUUUCCUCCUCGAAUGUGACUGGAAUCAGAGAUGAGCUUAGGUCAACUGGCAGUGUCAUAAACCAAUCUGGCAAGCUUGUUAGGAAAUAUGACCAGCGAGAAUUCACCUCAAAACUAAUGAUUUUUGCAGGUUUUGCCUUGUUUUUAGCUGUUUGUCUAUCCAUAGUAUACAACAGGCUCUUUUGAGCAAAGAUUUGUUGUUUUUCUUGAUUUUUUCAUGAUCGUGAGAAAAAUUAGAGCUCCUCCAUAAGUUGUUGUUGAAUGAGAAAGAAAAAAUUUGCUAAAAUUUGUGCAGAUCACUGUAACUGGACAACAUAGUAUUCGGGAUACUGAGUAAUGGGCCCACACUGCCCCAAAUUUGCAUCUUUCAGGGAAUGUUUUACCUUUUUUAAUUGAUCUUCUAUACUGCCAUGCUAUGGAAGAACACUGUAUGAACAUUCGAGAGUUGUCAAAUUUCCCUGAAUAAAACAUGUAUUUUUGACGAAAUUUAUGCAUAUUUUUCCUUUAAAUUCUCAGAUAUUUUAGAUUAAAUUGCGUACAAUAUUAUCUAAAAAUUGUUGAACAAAACAUUCGCAAUUUUCACAGUAAAGUAGGUUUUUAUUGACAGAAAUUUGGCAACGUCUGAAGGCUCAUACAGCGUUCUUCCCUAGCACAGCAGUAUAUAUUUCACUAGAUUUUGUUUUAUUUGAUUUUUCUCAAGAAGCUCCAGAGACUUCAACACAAAGUACUCCGGACCUCCUCCUUAGGAAAUCGUGUAACAAGCUCUGCUGAGGUGAAGGCAAAUGUGAAAAAAGCACAUUUUUGUCUUCAUAUUGCAGUAACUAAGAAAGUGACCAGCUCAAAAAACCAAAUCUUGCUUGUAAAACAAUGGUGCAAAUAGAGAAACCAAGUGGCAUAGAAGAAAUAGGCCUGUUCAUAUAUCAUUAUUUAGAAUCGUGCUGUAUGUUAGUGUCUCAAUGUUCUUCCCUAAUUUAAAAUAUAUGAAAUAUCGGAUUAA